AUGUCUGCAAUUAUAUUAGCUGUAUUUAAAGCCACCAUCGGCUUGAUCGUGGAUAAAGGAAGAGAUGUAGCAGCGGAGAGGAUGAAAGAAGGUGACGUGACUGAUCAGAAAUUUCGUAGCCUCGUCGUGCGUGAUUUGAAAGAGAUCCACAACAAGUUGGAUGCGUUAUCACAAAAGGAUCUUAAUGCAGCUGUAGACUUCUUUGAAACAGGACUCGGAUGUCUUUAUAGGGCAGUAGACACAAUGCGCAGUGCUAAUGUUAGUUUAGGAGCAGCGCAGGUAUCUGAAAGAAAUGAAGAAGAGGACUUUAAACAAAUAACUUUGCCCUCAGACGCUGACCCUGAAAAGGCAAUAGUCCUCGCGGAUGGAAUAAGAAACAUGCAACUCAACGAGUUGGAUGAAACAACGAAAAGUCUGCUCUCUGACGCACAAGAGAAAUUCAGAUUAGCUGUUGAAAACGCAACACACGCCUGCAACAAUGAGGCACUCGGCACGUUUGACCGAAUCACAGCCAUUCGAUAUCGUGUUAUGGCGGCAAUGUUAAAGUCAGCAGCUGAGACAGUGAGAACCACUGGCGACUUGAAAAGUACUUUGCAGAAAGCAUUACCAGAGUGCGAACAGUGCCUGAAGAAACUCAAUUUGUUACCAGCUGUUCAGAACAGCUUUAAAUCCGAGCUUAGUAAAGGUCUGCUAAACAUCAGAGGUCGAUUUGGUAAAGAGGAACGGAUGCAGAUAAUUUCAACUGUAUGUCAGGUAAAUCGCACCGUCUACGAUGCCAUGCACACGGCUGGUAAAACUAAAGACGUACAUGUCUUGAAGUGGCCGUCUGUUAACAUCGGAGAAGAUCAAGUUGACCCUCUGCGCGAUGUAAGAGUGUUACAAGUGUUGGAGAAAUCAGAGAAAGUUGGCAUGGAGCACUACUGCAUUACACCGGGGUGGUCGUUUGAUGUGAGAGGAGGUCUUUCUGGGAAUAUAAUCCGCUUGGCUACGAACACCCUGGGACAGUUUCUGAUUGCAGAAAGGUGGGGGAAAACCGUGCAAGUUUACGAUAAAAAUGGUAUGUUUCAGUUUAGUUUUAAUCCCCAAACUGAUGAUGCUAAAACAAAGAUUCAAAUUGAAGAUCUCGUUACUGAAGACGUUAGCGAGAAGAUCUAUUUACUGAUCGAACUGUACAAUGAAUGGUGGCGAUGGGAGUCACUGAUUGAGGUGCAAGUUUUCAACAAAACCGAUGACCUUCAGUACAAGUUUCCUGUGAGAUUCGGGAGCAGACUGAUAGUUAGCGGCAGUAGACUAGUAAUGUUGGGAUCAUGUGAGGCUUGUGUGUACAAUCAGGAUGGUAAGUUAGAUCGUAGUUUUGAGUUUUUCAAGAGUGAAGGCGACAAGUAUUUAUUCGAUUGCACUGCUACUUACGACGGUCGCAUCUUGAUAACGCACGAUAAAGGAUACUUCAGCGAUUACCACUGUGUUCAUGUAUUCACAAUGGAGGGACAGGAGAUUGCAAAAUUCAAAUCUGUCACCGAAUUAAAUUUAGACUAUAUGUGCUUUUCACCUCGCUCUGCAGGUGAACAUGUUGUCAUCGCUGGUUACAAUAAAGAGGACGGGAUCAUAACAGUGGAGUUAUACACUGUGGAUGGAAAACUUGUGCGAAGAAUUCUGCUGCGUGAUGAACCUGAACUUCGUUUUAGAGCAAUUACGGUGACCAUGGAGGGACACAUUGCUGUGUGUUUUCAGCUUGAUGGUAGCAAAAGAAAGGUAUUGUCUUCAAAAACUGAAAGACGCGGCUUUUUGGCUUGACAAAUAUUGUGAGGAAUUUCAUACAAAACAACUGAGUUACAACACUAACAAGCUUUUUCUUUUCAAAAAAAUUAUAUCUCUGUAUAUUUUAUGAAAUCUGUUUAAGCACAGGUUAACACUGUUAAUAUCAUGACUUGUACGUGAUAUUUGGCAUAAAUACCACUAGUGAUAUUUCAAAAUUGUCUCAAAUUUCAUUCGUCUAACGGCUCGUUGUAAAGUUUCGUCCCGGCAAAAAAGUACAAAACCAAAGACGUUUUAAUCUCUAGAAGCCUUUAAAAUUUCAAACGAUAUAAUAUUAUUUUAUUCAUCCGCUGGAAUUUUGGCUUAGAAAAGAAUUGGAGAAUGGCCCGUCCACCAAAAUCCGUUGAACAAAUCAAACAUUUUUAAAAAGAGAUUUUUUUCUUAGGCGACAAAAUCCUAUUUUCCUUGACAACUACCCUUCGUUGGCUCAUCCGAUUUCGCGAACAGGAACAAUUAUUAUUCCUGCAAGUGAGGUUAACUUUCUGCUUAUGCGAAACAUUUCGCGUGUCUCAGAUGUAAACAAAGUCGCAAAAUCGAAAAAUUAGUGAUUACCGGUAAAAAAUUUUCCAAUUGUUUGCAAACGCCAAAGUCUAUUUUUCGUCAUAGUGCAAAUAGGGGCCCAAUACUCGCUCUUAGAUGAAAAAGUUAAGCGCUUAGGUUGUUCAUUUAACUGCGACGAUCACAUCCGCUUUCAUAUCCGGAUGAAGCCGGACGUGAACUUAUAUGUGUUUUAAAAAAUAUACAGCUGUACCUAAAUGUUGGUCAGAUUAAUUUGUAUAAUGAAUCACUUCCAGUAAGCUUGACUUUGUUUCUUAGGAAAACAAGAAAAAUCGUGGAUGAGACCGUCGUGACUACCUACGCCCUAAGGCUUAGUAUUCUUAAACAACCAUUUUCACGCCUAGCCGAGGUGGUUUAUAAUAGGUCAAACAUUUUGAGCUCGGAGGUAUGAUUUCCAUGCUCUGCUAUAUUAACACCAUGAUCUUUAGAUAUACUCAAGUUUUCUUGGGGAAAGAUACCUCAUAAAGUUGCCUUCAGCAGACUCAUGCUUGAAAGGACUGAUUUUGAGCUACAACCGCUUUUAUCAUUCAUCCAAAAUAUGCGCCCUUUUCUGAUUGGCUUACGGUCUCGGUAAACGAAAAUUUUAGUACAUUGCUCGAUUUUGUUUUUUUUUUGGGAUUUUUGGCAUGAGUGGGUCCUAAAUUUUAUUUUGGCAGAAAAAGAAAAUCAGAAAGUGCUUUUUAACCCUUCUAAAAUGAGCCUUUCCUGAGCUAACCAGCCAAGCGUGGACCUCGCGCUUAAUCUUUAGAGCUGAUUUUCUCUCACUCUAUUUUAGACGCAAAAGUCAAAAUUCUCCGACCUCCAGUCGGGACAGGUUUUAAGCUAUCGCUUUGAAACUUUCAGAUAUGAUGGAUAAUGAUAUAGACUCAAAAAUGUUGUGAGGAAUUUUCCGAUUUCCCUUUGUAACUCAUUUUAUGUCAGUUUCUUUGCGUAAAUCGCGCUCGAGAUUCGACUUUUUAGUUUGAAAUGCAAUAAUUCCGCUAAUACGAGACAUAUGCAAAUUUCCUCACACCCUUUUUUAGGUCUUUUAUCUGUCAAUCAGAUGCAAUAAAAAGGAAGUGAAUAUUUAACAACGCGAAAGGGCUGGAGCUUCAGCAGUAAACUCGAUACCUCUAAGUUCGAGAGAAAAAAACUUAAGCGCCUUUUGAAAUUCGAUGAAAUAAAAUCUUUUAUAAGGUAAUUUAGUCUUUUAGCUUUAAUUUGGUAUAUAACUUGCCUUUGCAGCGAAAGUACUCGCGCGACUAGAAUUUUUUUCUGUGGGCACCUCGUUUUAAAGACCAACUGGCGCUUACCAUAUUUGGACGAUUCGAGCAAUAUACCAUCGAUUUGAUGGUACAUUUCAUUUGAAACGAGGUUAUAUUUGAUUGGAAACGAGGCUACAUGGGAGAUGGACCAUCGAUCAACCUCGUUUCAACGCGCGGCCGACUAGCUAUUAUUCACGAGUGAACUAAAAAGUGGCGUUCACGGCUACCCGAAGAUGAAGUAGCUGAAUUUCUAGCUAAAACUGCACGGAAUAAAUGCAAAAAUACACAAAAUAUAUCGCUCGUGGAUAACAUCCUCCUCGAUCUGCAUAAUUCUUUACAUCCUACUCAGCCUCAUUCAAUAAUUGCUAAAUAUGUAACAACAGAACACUCUAAAAUAGCUCUGGUGUGUUGUCUCGCCUUAGCUCACUGGCAAUUGAAUAACAUCCCCAGUAAUUUUUCUGUUUCCUCCAGCUUGAUUUUCUCUCUACUAUUGCAUUUUCUAUGUGAUGUGUAAUCAGUAAGUGUAUUCCUUUCUUACAAAACCAACGUUAGAGGUUUAUGAUACUAAGUAAACUUCAUAUAUAAAGAACGGCGGCGCAUCUAUACGUGUAGGCGAUAGUAUGUGCUUAGUGUAAGGAAAAAAUCAGAUCGGAGGUGAAUAACAUUAUUAUCUUGAUAUUUCGUGAAAAGUUGAUUUAAUGUAAGACAAGAGCUCUUCGCUCGCAUUUGAAUUAGUGAUGUAAAAUUUACUUUACGAAUCUUAAUGAUCCUUAUAAAUGUUAUAUUUGUUAACAGUAGAUAACAGCAAACCUGUAAAAUUAUAGGUAAAUUUAGUGAUUUUUGUAAAAAAAAAAAAAGAAUUAAUAAUAAUGACAAUAUAGAGUAACAGGAACUUUAACACGUUCAUUCUUGUAUAGGCCCAAUUUUUUUGUAAUUACCCAUUUUUGUAUAAUUUCUACGGUAUUCAUUAGUUAGUUAUGGUGAUUUUUUUGUAGCAAUCAAAUAAGUACUGUACCUUACCUUUAUUGUAACAUACCAAUACUUCCGUUUAGUUUCUCUGUUAAAAGCAUUGACGUUGCCAACAUACCCGCAUAUACCUGAAAAGGUCGAGAAGGGCGCGUGAUUUGCACAGUACAGUGGGUCCACACACGUCCAAGUUCUGUAUUUUCUUUUUUCAGCUGUGAGCUACGUUAAGAAACAAUUGAGGUGAUGAUGGCCCGGCUGCCUUUUUCUAUACGAGUCGACCUCAGCCAGUAGACGUACCUUAGUUUUUUUCUUUCGUUAACCCUUACGAAGUUAGCCUGAAUGGUAUAAUGUUCGCCGUCUACUCGAGUCGCACUACCGUAAGGCGGGAUGUUACUAAAACGAGGAGCGGGAAACGGGGAACGGGGAACAAGAACAUGAAAAAUGAGAACAAAACCUAACCCAACUUUAGGGGCUUUAGGAGGGCACAUAAAACGAAGGGGCUUAUGUCCGAGGGGCUUACAAUGGAAUGUAUUUUUUGUUUACUGGUAGAUGGGCCUUUAAAUUUUUGGCAGGAAUGGGGGAUGGGGGUUAUAAGUAGGGGCUUAUAAGUUGGAUUUUAAAGUUUAUAUCUCACCUGAUAGAAGAACUAUCGUGCGUUACACCGAGUAAUUCACGUAUUAUCGUUCUUAUGUCACCUUUUUUUUUUCACUCUCUAGUUUCCAAAUUUUGAAAGUUACCGUAAAGUCUUAACAGUACUAUCAUGUUGAAGUAAAUUUUGUAUUUUUUGGAUGCACCGUUAAAAGUUAAGGUUUCAUUUGAAUCAGAUCACGCAUAGGAUUGAAAAGUCACACAUGCAAAGUACAUAUAAUAAUAGCAUCUAGAAGUGAAAUCGUUGCAGUGGUAACUUAUUACAGUCUAGAAUAAAUUGUUUCUAAAAACGAUGUUACUUGUCGCAUAAAUUGCAGAAAACGCGCAAUGAAUUUAAUUGCGAUGACUGCUGUUUGGUGGCGAAACAUGUCACGUUCAAGUAGACUGCGCAGUUCACGGAAACAGCAGGCAAAAGUAACUGUCGCCGCACGCGCGCGAACUUUAAAUAGAUUUCUAAUAAUUAUCAUGGGGUACAGGGAUUUGCUCUCUUAGCUCACUCUUGAUAAGUAUCGGGACGCUGGUGAUGAUACAUAAAUUUUCCCUAUUUCAAUAGUUGGCAAUUUUUAUAAGGAGCAGUCAGUUUUUUUAAUGAAAGCUCUUUUUGGAAGCAAAUAACAGAUUUAUGACGGGGCCAAAACGACAUCUCGAGUGUUGUGUUUUUAGAGGCCAAGCUAGGCCGGUGAAUAUCAUGGUAAAAGACUCGAAGAUAUCGUGGAAUUUGAGCAGGUAGCUGUAAUUCUCCUUCUGAUAAUACCGCGGUUUGGAUUGUAAAUUGCUUGGAGAUCGUUGCAAACAGGAUGACCGACACCUGCUUUGGAGGUGAGGGUUGCGUUUUUUCAUUUGGCCGCAUUAUUAAAGCCUGGGACAAGUAAGACUGAACAAACAAGAGAAUGCGAGAAAAAAUUAGCAAAAAAUUGAGUUAGAACGUGUACAAUGAUUAACUGAGAUGGCUAGCACUACAGCUAUCGUAAUAUGCAGUAUUGCCGCAUUUGAGUCACUCCUCAUUCUAACUUCGAACACCUUCACCGUAUACAUUUUCUGGUCUCAUCGAAACAAGCUAAAACGCACUUCGUUUCUGUCAAUUAACUUGGCUGUAGCGGAUUUGCUUAUCGGCUUCACAGAACCAGUAGCGAUCGGAACAGUCGGAAUACCACAGCGAUUUGGCCAAGAAUUAUACGGGAAUGUUUCAACCGCAUUUCAAGCAAUGUUCGCUACCACUUCUGUCGUCUGCCUCGUUUUCAUUUCCUUGGAACGAGCGUUUUCAUUGAUUUGCCCAUUUCGACAUCGAGUGAUAAGCACUCGAGCUUACAUCUACAGUAUAAUUUUUGUGUGGUUUUCAGGAAUAACUUUGGGUGCAUUCACUUUGCUUGCUGUAAAUCGAAUAGUGGAUUUUAUCCAUUGGAUAGUAGCCUAUUGCGGUAUUUUAGCUUCAUGUUUGCUGAUCGACUAUAUGUGUUACUUAUUUGAUAGUCAGAAGAAAGGUUAA